AUAUGUGUGCCAGAGACGGGUGGUAAGCUAACUGCUAAAGACGCUAAGCAAUCAAAACAAGAACGCUGGGCGGCCAUUACACCUGACCCGAAAAGAAGAAAGCCAGUCUCGCUAUCAACCAUUAGACGCUUGGUACUUUCUUGGGCUUUACAAUCGUAGGGAACCUUUUGGGGGCAAGAGGCAGAGAUGAAAGAUCCAAGUCGCAGCAGCAAUACACCCAGCAUUAUUGGUGAUGACGUUGUCAUCAGUGGCCAGUUCCACAAUGAGGAAAAUCCGUUUGCUGAGUAUAUGUGGAUGGAGAAUGAGGAGGAGUUCAACAGACAGAUUGAAGAGGAACUUUGGGAGGAGGAGUUCAUUGAACGUUGCUUCCAAGAGAUGCUGGAGGAGGAGGAGGAACACGAAUGGUUUAUUCCAGCCCGGGACUUGCCCCAGACCAUCAACCACCUGCAGGAGCAGCUCAAUGGACUGGUCAUUGGUGAUGGAAACAUCUUGGAGGACCUUGUGGUCAACAGCAAUUUAAACCCCAAUGCUAAAGAAUUUGUACCUGGUGUUAAAUACUGAGUUGCUGCCCCCUGCUGGAUGUAGCCCUUCACCACACUGUGAAGCCAGUAUUCGAAGCAUUGUUGUGGAAUCUUUUUCUUUUUUCACUGUGUUACACUUAAUGCGACGCCAAGUUUUCAGUUAGUCUUGCAUGCUUAAAGUUCCGAGAAUGUUCAACAUAUAUAUGUGUAUAUAUAGAGAACUAUAUAUCCAUAUAAACAAGUAUAUUCUGAAACCUUGCCUGGGUACAAUGGGCGCAAGAGGCACUAGGAGAGAUGGACAGAGCGGAUUCUGUCAUCACCGAAGCAGUUUCCCGUGGUUUGUUUGACAUUAACUGUUUUCUAGGUCAUAUUUUAAUGGCUUAAGUGAGUGUGUACAAUUUCUGGGCUGCAAUCAAAUUAUUUCUGGUUCAGGACACAUGGUAAGAAGUGGGUUAAAAUAAUUCAGAAAUGUUUUUGUUAUAUUGCUUUCUUAAUGGAAAUAUAAGCCUCUUGAGUUUCAUGUGGGGUAUAUUCAUGCCCUAUAAUUUCUUUUCCCGUCAGAGCAGCUUUAUAUCACUGGACUUUCAAAAAGGUGGAUGUACAAGCUUGUUUAUUUCAGGUCUUGUCCUCCUGAAGUUUGUCUGUAAACAUUUCAUGCAUGGGCCCCUGGUAGCUGAUCUCUAUUGCAAUGAUUAUUCCUGACUGACACUAACUUGAACGGCGCCUCUUGGGGAAAAAUUGCUUAGAACUGAGAGGCUCCUUAUGUUCUAUGUUGUGGUCACUUGCUUUUAUGGCAGAAUUGUCCAAUCAGAAUGGCUGCAGGACUUGUUGCCCCCCCUCCUGCCCCCCUUGGGCAUGUCUCCGCCCCUUUUCUUGAACCAUGUGUUCCACACUGCCAUGUCUGUUGAAUGUGAAUAGUGCUUAAAGCAAAAAGGCACGUUAAAAACAAAAAUGUUAAAAAAAUAUAUAUUUUUUCAAAAAUAUUUAAAAAAAUAAAUAUUGGUGGAGUAUUUUUUAGUC